UCACGGAAUCCCACAACCCCCCUACCCCCCUCUGUAUAAGAAUCAGUGCAACGCGUGUGCUGGGACCAGUGCCAAACGGAUUGUGAUUCUGUGCGGACAGUUUUUCGCACGUGACAACCCUCCGGCGAGGUGAGACCGGAAUCGGUGACGUAUCGCGCGAUAGUACGUCGGAGCACACACAAGCAUCACGCGUCCGCAGUAUAUCCGUAUUGCGUAUACAUAUAACGCACGUGUGUGUACCUGUUGCAUACGCACGUACACACAUGCACACACGUAGACGUCGGUGACGCGAAGAGACCCGCGAGGGAUAUACGCGCCUUCGCGCCGUUCCCGCCUUUGGACCCCACGCGAGCUCGCGAGUGCCCGUGUGCAUCUAGAGUGCUGCAAAGUGCUAUGCGAUAAUUAUGUGUAAUACGGUAAACGAAGAGUUUCAAUCGAUAGAGCUCAGACUCGGGCGCGAUCAGAGGACUACGUUCCACCGGAUCCUUGAUUAUUGUCAGGUCGAUAACGUGUCGUAUCAGUACAUAUCUAAUAUGCCAGUCGCGAUAACGGAAGAAAAUGAUUACGCGCCAAGACAUUUACAGGAUAAUUUGCGUCUCACAUCGGUGUCUUACGUCGACCGAGGAGUACGGUCGAGGAGUAAUGUAGCCGUCAAUGUGAUCACGUGGCUAAGGUUAAGCUGUCUACUUGUUGCUGUGUUGCUGUGGACAGUAGUACUUUCUGCUCCGAUGACUCUCGAGGACAGGCGGUUGAGCUUACCUCCGAAAUGGGUGAAUCCCUGUGGUCUCGCCGACGAAGUCGAGGGUAUAGAAGGAAGUGAUUCGGAAAUUCAAUUAAAGGAUGAUCAACUCCUACAGCAAAUAGUGGUCCAAGCGACAACAGCGAGGAUGCACACAGAACUUUUUCGCGAAAGAUAUGUCAAAGACGUCUUCAAGUCUGACUUGCACGAGUUCCACUCGACGUGGAAGCACAAUCGUUACGAAUGGCUACCUGGACCGAGCGAGAUACCCAAAAGCCUCGGGGAACACCUUAGUCUGGAACAUCUCCAGAGUUUGACUCUGGACGAGGCCCUGCUCAACGCGUAUGAAUAUCUGCAGAAGUUCGCGGUGGGCCUGGAGCAAAUAGUAUGGGACCAGGAGGACCAUCAGCUCAAGUAUCGCAACGAGUUCAAGGAGACCGAGUACAAGCUUCGAACGGUUCUUUGUGAGAUUCAAGUCGCUUUAGUGGAGCGCGGGAUAACGCAACGGCCAGAUAUCACACGAGACAUCAUGGUACCCAGCAUACGAAAUAUGGAUUCCGAGACGUAUCGUGAUCUGCGAGACUGGAUGAUCUUCCGUGACUACAUGAACGGCCUCGAGUAUGUAGUACAAGUGUUUGAGUACCUACGUGCACAUCCACAGCACACAUCCUGAAGAUGGAGAGGCGGAAGCCGACGAAGGGCUACCAGGCGACGACUCAUGAAAUCGGCGCAACUACAUCUGGAAGCCUUAUUUUUCUGAGAUGAUAGGGGGAGCAGGAUGGCAGAGAUAGCGAGGAUACUCUCUUAAUGCGACGCUUUGAAGAGAACACGAGUUAAUGUUUCUCCGCAGCAGCGAUUGUACUACUCAUCAACGUCAGUGAUGAUCAACAUCAUCAUUGUCAAGUCGAUGAAUGUGCCGCAUCUUUAGGAUGAAAAUAUGGAAUUAUUAUCGACAUGCCAUCCACCUUCUAACACUCUUCGGUGAGACUUCAGUGUGGUAUCAGUCAAGACAAAGGACAAACGGGAGUAAAACAAUGAAGAAUCGCAAUGUUAUUAGCCCAUUAGGCUUUCGCCGUGUAGUUCACGAUCAUACACACAUAAUCACGCAUAUUCACGCACACUACGUUUUCGCGCUACGGUCUACGCUACGAAGUAUACGACGUACGCGCACAAGCAAGAAGAGAGCAGGAAUGACAGGUCCAACGGCUGAACCGUUCAACGUUCAACGCGUUCAAUCUUCAAAGCAGAGCAACUGCAUGUCACGGUUAUUUAUGUAUCCGAGAACGUAUUCGUUAGUCACGAUAUGCUCUUGUUUCGACGGUUCGAUUACUACGUUGAGCACGACCACGGUAUAAUUCGCUUUCGCUACCAUUCAUAACUUGAGAUUUUUGAUAUGUCUCUUUCUACGAAUAAGCUGAGUGCCAUGAUCAUCUACUACUAUAAGCAAGAUUAGAGCGACUGAGAAAGCAGAAUUCUCUUAUCAGAGGGCUGUUUUAAAUUCAGCUGAAAUUCAAUUGAUCUGAUUGAUUUUUUGCUUGCCAUGAUGAAGCUCGACGAUGAUUUAUUUUCUUAUCUUCAGCAUUCUAGAAAAUCUGAAGUUUCCAUUUAUUUAAUGCGAUUAAUGACGCUAUUUAUUUAUUCGAUCCGUGGAAAUCUGGGCACGUGAACGAGAAUAUUUAUUCACGCGUUUGCAUUUGUGCUUAAUGUAUAAAGCGACUGCAGAGAAGGAGAGUUAAUAGAGAGAAAUCCGAUAUCGCGUAGAUUCGCGCAUAAUCGAGCACAGUAUUUCGAACUUCGCCGUAAGUUGGACCUCUCUCGUGAUCAACGAGCAGACAGAAAAUCGCUCGUAUGUGUUACACUGUGCACGCGACCACAGUCUCACAACGACUUCAUCGAAAAGGUAUCUCUUCGCGAGUAACUCACGUAAUCCUCACAAUCCUACAUAAUAAUUUAUUGACUAAAUGUAAUAUUAGUUAUAUCCAUAUUUAUUCAGAUUAUUUAUUUAUUUUUAUAAAAGUUUUACAUGUCUGACUAAUUGUAUGUAAAGUGUCUAGUUGAGCUUAAAAGUGCCUAGCGUUUAUGGAAGUGAGAAGGUUUCAUCAGGAUUAAGACCUCCUGCACACGUGCGAUCACUUUGUGUGUACGGGGUUUUUAUUAUUAUGAUGACACUGUCAGAGUUCGGAAGCAGGAGAACGCGACAAACGCCAUUCCAUGUUGCGCGUCGCGCUGCUUGCUGCUCUAUUGCUUCUCCUCUCAACGUACCUUUGCAGGGUAUAAGGACUCUAAUCAGAAACUUGAAACGAGGCUUGUUAAUUCUGCACUUUUGAUCGCAAUUACUUCGCUCGCAACGACACAUCCUCUUAGUAUUAUAUUUUACUCGAUAUACUACUCUUUUAAAAAGUAUUCUUUUACAUAAUCUUUUUUUAUAUCAACAUCGAUUUUUUCCGUGUUUUCGAUUUAAAUGACAAUGCGAGACUGUUGAAGGCUAUUGGCAACAGGACGUGUCGCGAGAUCUUCAUCGGUUUUUUUUGUAUUAUUCAUAGUCUAGUGACGCCAUUUUACGAUUAUCGAUACAUUUUUUUAGAUAAUAGGUAUCUUGUUUUAUCGUAAUCUGCGGAUACUGUAGUUUCAGAAAUUUUUAAAUCAAAACAGUUGAGUCUUGACAUGUCCUAUACCGGUAGUCUUCAAAAUUAAUACUGAAAGAACUUUUUUGGUACUUACAAAGUCAUCAUCUUCUUCAAAGCGACCAUCUUUUUCAAAAAUCGAUCACUGUGUAAUUGUCUACGAACAAAAACACAUUGACUGCAUCGUCAUACUUAAUUUUCACACCAGUAGCGACUCAUAAGUUUAUUUUAAAUCAUGUACAAGUGCAUACGAAGUUCAUGAUUAUCACAUACAUACACACAUCAAUGUUAUUUUAGUGUAUAAACCAUUAUUUAUACGCACACGCGCAUUCUAUAAAAUAUAUUUUUAUUCCCUUAUCAUCGCGUCUGUGAUAUGCAUCUUAGAAUCAUCCCUCAGGCGAUUAAUUGUUCAUGAAAUUGAUCCACGCUUGCUUCCGUUCCGACAAGAAGAAAGAGACAGAGAGAAUGAAAGAAACAAAAUACAAGACCAAAUAGAAAUGAUACAUUAAAAUGUUUCUAACAUUGACUUAAACGGCUUUUCGAUAUGCCGACUUUAUAAAACGCGUAAUUUAUAUUAACUAUUUUAUUAUAAAAUAACAUUAGUUUACAUUUUUUUAUUGAUAUUUUAUGUCAUUGAAUUCAUUGGUUUAGAAAUACUUUUUUCUAAGAUUGAUAUCAUCGCAAAAAUCAUUUUAAGGAUGGUGUAGAUAUUUUCCUUCUCUAAAGAAAUAAUGUAGCAGCGCGAGAAUUUAAACUUCAAUUAAUACAACAAAAAAAAUAUUAAUAUUGCUUUUUGAGAACAGAUCUGAUAUCUUUCAUAUGCUUAUUUUCAGCCGAUCUCUCUGUCCCUUUUCGCAACAACUUGUACAACUGUAGAAACGCAUGGAACGUAAAAACAGUUACUGAUAUGAAAAAACUACUUGCGGUCUGCGAACUUAUUGUAAAAUUGAAUGUAUCGAUAGCUACAGAUGGAAAAAAGAUCAUGCAGAACCGCAAACUAGAAUUUCAGUGAGUAGAAGUAGUUCCGCACACCACGACAAGUUCAAAUAACAAAUUAACUAGCGCGAUCGCUUGAUAUAUGUUUGUACAUAAACAGAUCUAAUAAUGCAGUAUAAGUAGUUAUAAACUGCAAACUAUCAUAUCCUUGUAUGUGGAUAUUGAAUAUGGCGGGCUUUUCCUCUCAGAACGCCCUGUUGUAUAAUAUAAUAUUAAACCAAAGAACGUUC